AUGCGUCUCCACCUUGUUAUUUCGCGUCAUGGCCUGCCGGUCACACGUAUUCUCUGGACAACGACGUCGUCGAAUUCGGUGCUUGGCGAAUAUGGCACUCAUCGCCCAGCAUCAACCGCAGCUGUCGCAUCUUCUCGCACCCCGAACAUCGCAUUCUCCAAUGGCGGGUACACAGUCGCACAACUCCUCGAGGAUGUGAAUGAAGUUGUGCCGCUAGAAACUGAACCCAGUGUCUUUGAUGCGGAAUUCAGUGGCCAGUGGGGAUUGGAAGAUUAUGUUGUCGAAGUGGCUGGCUCGGAAUGUCUCCAUUUUAUGGAGGUUGACGGUUUGCUCCGAGAUGGAGACGAAGUUGUCAUCCGUGCCCUUCAAUUGGCAGACCUUCGGACCAGACGGUUGUGUGGUCGCCACCAAAUCACUGCCGACGGCAAGCAUCUGAUUGAUGGUGUGCCUUUUGGAUCACCAUUUUUGAAAAGAACUACCACUACACGACCUGCGAUUACCAUACCCCCAAGAAAGAAACGACGCACGGUUUUUUCUGGCUGGGAGCAUGCUAGAGACUUUUUGCCCGAGGAAGUCCAUGCCGACGAGGAAGGUGAUGGAGAGUGGCUUCCGCCUUCUAACACGGGGCUCGGGAAGGAGCUUUCUAUCAUGCCUGCCGAGCACGAAGAGUCCCUGGGCACAGUUAUUCGUCAUCCUGUUGACCACACCGCGGAAUCUGAUAGUGAAGCUGACAUGUCUGAAAUGCCUGGGGUUGAGGAUGAGUUGGAGAGCGAACUCCAGGCGCUCAAGGAGGACUUUGAAGAGGCGUCUCAGUUUGUUGAUAUCAGAAACCAGACUCAAAAUGCCAGUGGACAUCCACUGCGUGCUACCUCAAUAGUCAAGCGACCAACUUCUAAGGGGUCCCUUGCUGCUGCCUCAUCUCUUUCGAGCAAGCGGUCUCGCGCAGAAGACUCAUCUCCCAGGGCCUCCAAGGCGGUGAGAUUCAACAAGGGACAUGAGCAAGAGGAUGAUGAUGUGCCUGAUCUUCAACAACCUCCACAGGCCCCACAGGUUGGGGAAAGUGUUGCUGAAACUUCAGAUUCAGAUUCAUCUGAUUCAUCCGAUUCAUCUGCAUCUUCUUCAGAUAGCGAUUCUGAUGAUGAUUCUGAAGAUGAUGAUUCUUCAAGCGAGGUGGAGCCUGCAGCGGAGGCGCCAUCUGAUUCUGAUUCUGAUACCGAUUCAUCCUCAAGCUCCGAAGACUCGGAUUCAUCAGACUCGGAUUCCGAAGAAGAAGCCGCCCCGCCUGUGAGAAAGGUCCAGCAACCAGUCUCUGUGGGUCCUCCUGGUGAAGGGUCCAUACGCACCAAAAAGAGCAACAACCGCAUCAAACUACGCCGCCGUCUAUCCAAACUCAAGGAGCUAGGGGCCCUUCCCCAACAAGCAGGCUUUGAUGCAUUGCGGGAGUGGGAAGACAAGCAUGGGGGCUGGCAUAUUCCGGAAAAUCAUAUUAAACCGGAGUCAUUCGUGAAACCCCAGCUACCUGUGGGACCCCAAGCACCUGUGGAACCGGAACAAGAAUCUGCCGAGUCUUCUAGCAAGAGGCAAAAGAGAGAAAAGAAAGAACAGGAGAAGAAAGAGUUUGAAGCCAGGCGCGCGAAACUGCUUCGCGAUCUUGCGUCAGGUAAUGGUGUUGAUGUAGGUGAGACAUCAGAGAAGGAAAAUGUUCCACCUGCUGCAUCUGCCAUUGAAGAGACCCUUGUUUCAGCAGACCUGCCCGGUGAGGAUCAGCUGGAGCCGGAACAUUCGAAUCGACGUACCUUAGACAUAGCUAGCUCACGGCGCAUGCUAUUCGGGUCUCUAGGAAUGCGAACCCCGAAGACAAAGGAAGAGGAAGAAACAACACGAAGAAAGCUUGCUGCCAAAGCUAGUGCACUCGGGCGCCGAAACAAACCUUCCACACAAGAAGCCCACGAAGAGACUGACCAAAUGCAGGAGGAUGAAGAUGCAUCCGAUAUUGAUUGGCAAAACAAGCUUGUCAUUCGUGCUGUCGAGUGUCUCUAUCCUCAAGUUGAUAUGACCGCGCCUCCUUAUCCUUUUGUUCAGCGUUGGGAUCAAGAAGCAAAUGCAUCAAUUCGUGAGCUCAAAGGCCCAAACAAAAAGCGGAAGAGAAAGCAGCGUGUUCAGGUCUACGAAGAAUAUGAGGAGCAGGCGGAAUACGAUGAAAAUGGGAAUUACUAUGGCCACGAUGACCAAUACCAAGGCGGAUAUGACCAAGCCAAUCACGAGGGUCAUUAUGAAGGUGAAGAUGAUCCCCAUUAUGAAGGUCACUGGGAAGGCGAAGCUGCUCCUUACUAUGGAGGCCAUUAUGCGGGCGAAGCUGAAGGAGAUCAGAUCAAUUAUGACGAUGCCCCUGAACCUGAACAAUUCGAUGACCUACCUUCGGUCCCCGUUGACAUCAGUUCGGUUCCUGAUCUGACUGAGAGUGAGGUGAAGGUCGGCGCAAUCAUUGCAUUCCGGCAGCUAGACAUGUCCAAAGCUACGAACUGGCAGCCUCAAAUGUCCGAGUACCGAGUAGCUGAGGUGCGAUCUGUGAAAGACCAUGGAGUGAUUAAUGUACUGCUGGCCAAGAGAGACCGAAAGCCUACAUUAGCAUCCGGCGAUGAUGAGCUCCGUCAAUUCAGCAAAUUUGAAGUACCAGAUCUGGCCAAUGACGAGGGAGAGGAUGACGGUUAUCGCGAGCUUGCCUUUGCGGAACUUAGCGAUCCGAAGCUCCUUCAACCUACAGUACAAUCGGGUGCCGAAUUGGAGGACCAGGACAAUACUCGAGAAGGUAGCAUUGUCUCUGUAGUUCAUGAAUCCGUACCGAACGCCCAAUCUGCCCUGUAUGAGGAAAUGUGCCUUGACGACACAACUUUUGUCACCAUUGGAAAUGAAGUCAGCCGUCUUGAGUCCCGUAGUGAAUCCCCAGGAAUGCCAGAUGAACCUAUUCAGCAAACACCUGGUAGAGGGCUGCCGCAGAUCCAAGUCCAGACUGGAUCUAAUGGGCGCAGUAUUACCCCUCCCAUCCCGUCGCCUUCUUUCAAUGGGUUUCACUCUGCUCGAUCCUGGCAGCAAAUGACCCCUGGUGCUGAGCUCAGCCGCGAGCUUGAAGGCCACACCCUCAUCGGAGGAGAAACGCCAUCUGCUUCGGCCAAUCGGGACGAGGAUCCUUCCGCGUUGUCAUACGCUUCUGCAAAUCAAUCAUUCGCAGAUGAACCCGAGGACCAAGAAAUGUCUGAUCGCCAAGAGCAUGAGCGCCAGGUUGUUAAUGAAAAUCUCAUUCCGCCUGGCGAUUCGGGGGACAGUGGUCCUCAGUCUGGUUCACUUUUGUCUACCAUUGACCGUAGCGGUGAUGGUGGUGCGUCUGAUUCUCUCUUUGUGGAAAGAGAUACGUUGAAAGAAAAGCACAGUGCGACUCCCAACAGCUCCUCUGAAUCGUGGAGAGAUCUUUUGAACCGGUUAAGAAAUGGACCAUCCGAGCCAGGCGAGUCACUCGUCACUAGCGAGGGCAACAUUAGUGAAGACAACAACAGUGAAGACAACAACAGUGAAGACAACGACAGUGAAGACAACAACAGUGAAGAUAACAACAGUGAAGACAACAACGGCGAAGACAACGACGGCGAAGGUAAUCAGAGUCCCCAACGGUUGGAAGACAGUCUCCAGCACUCCUACCUGGACCUCAACUUCUCGCCGCUUGACUCCCCACGGGCGUCCAACUCGCACUCUCCCAUUCCACCAAUGAGUGCUCAACAGGAUGCCCAGUCUCAAAAACAAGCCUCAUUCCCUUCGCCAUUUGAAACGAAAUCCCCCGCUGCAUCUACUCGCUCUAAACUCUCCCAGCGGGUGCUUGAAUCGAACCCUACCUCACAAAUCCCCGCCUCCCAGGCAUCCGAAGUGAUUGACCUCACUUCCAGCCCGCGUGGAUCACCUGAACCCAGCACCUCUAAUAUGAACCCAUCCCAGCGCUCCAAAUCUGCACUAUAUGGUGACUACCGUGAGAACACCCCACGCUCGUCUAGACGUCCAUCCAAAGCUUCUACAGGAAAGCUCCAACGGAUGGUGGAAGUGAGCAUUAGUCCUUCCAGCCAGAAGAAGAGGCGCUCGUCACGAAAGUUCUGA